AUGCCAAUGGGACACAGCUCCGGAGAAGAAUCCGACAUCAGCGACUCGGAGAUCGACGAGUACAAGGACAAGAUGUACGCCCAACUGCGGUCCGGAAAAAUGAGAGUGCGGUACGGCGAGAAGGCCCUGCGGUGCCCCUUCUGCUUAGGAAAAAAGAAGCAGGAUUACAACGGCAAGGACCUUCUGCAGCACGCCUCAGGAAUAGGGGUUGCUUCGAAGCGCAAGCCUAUGGAGAGGGCAGGACACCUAGCACUCGCUGAGUAUCUGAAGAAUGAUCUGGGCAUCUCCCUCAAGCCACCGUCGCAGCUCGCCAUCAUCGAGCAUAAGCCUCCUAAGAAUGAAGAGGUCAAGUACGUGUGCCCGUGGACCGGUAUUCUGGUUAAUCUACCAAAUGAUCUGAAGGAUAUAGAUUGUGUCAGGGAGAAUGAGGAUAGGUUAAGAUCACAGCUAUCGCGGUUCAAACCCCGUGAAGUCACUAUUGUUUUCGACACCGAGGGCCAGACUGAUCACUCCAUCAUCAGGUUCGCCGAAGACUUGGAUGGACUGAAGGAUGCAAUAGCUUUUGAGAACCAUUUCAUGGCGGAGCAUUACAGCAAGACUGACUGGAACAUGCGGAACUGUAGAAAGGAUGAUCUUUACGGAUGGCUUGCAACAUCUGAUGAUUAUAACUCUCCUGGCACAGUAGGUGAGCAUCUGAGGAAAGCUGGAGUUCUGAAAAGUAUUGGUGAGCUACAACGCGAGGGAACUGCCCGGCAUAUAGCUCAUUUUAAUCGCCGAAUGGACGAGAGGAACAAACGUAUGCAAGAAAUGUAUCUGAAGAACAGACAAAACGAGUUGAAACUUGAGUUGAUUAAGAAGGAAAAAGAUCGGUUGGUCGAGGAACAUAAUAAGAAGAUAAGACAGAUGCAGCAAGACGCCCGAAGGAAUUCCAGGAAAAUACGUGAAGGUAAUCUAAGGUUGCAACAGGAAUUGGAAAUCAGGAGACAAGAAAUCCAUAAGCAGCAACAUGAUAAGUUGGCUAGAAAAGGUAUUAGUAUUGACAGAGCAACAGCCGAAGCAGAGAAAGAAAAGAGUAAAAACGAGAACGUUCGUCUCGACUUAGCAGCCCUAAAGCAGAAGAAUUGGUGCAAAGAGGUCACGCAGCUUGUUGAGAAAUAUGAGCAAGACGAAGAAGAUGUUUUCAGGAAGCAAAUCAAACUGGAAAAGGACUUGACUUGUAAGCAGAAUCUUGAGAUGGAAAUAGCACAGUUGAGGGUAAAGUUAGAGGUAAUGAAGCACAAGCGAGCCGAGGCAGACACAGCAAAGGAAAUCGAUAAGAUUUCUGAAAAGCUGAGAGAAAAAGAUGAACAGCUUGAAGCUAUCAAUUCUGCUAACGAGGCACUUAUUGUUGCGGAGCGAAGGAUCAAUGAUGAGCUUCAAGAAGCCAAGAAAGAACUUAUAGAGGGCCUUAUAAAAGAAGCAUCAGGAACUCGAUCCACUAUCGGAGUCAAAAGAAUGGGUGAGCUUGAUAAAAAGGCUUUUUGUGCUGCAUGCAAGGGGAAAUUUGCAAAAGCUGAUUUUGGAGAGCAGUUGGCAAUUCACUGCUCAAAAUGGGAAAAUGAGAUCGGCAAUCCAGAUUGGAAUGUUUUCAAAGUUAUUGUUGUUGAUGGAGAGGAAAAGCAAAUGUGUGAACAUAAUAUCCCACCUGUAACACUUUGCCUUACCGAUCUGUUUUCUACAGAAAGCAGAUGCCAGUCUGACCCAAAAUCUAACAGGCAUUCUUGGAUGGUGCAGGAAAUAUUCCAGGAAGACGACGAGAAGCUGAAAUCCCUAAAGGAAGAGCUGGGCGAGAAGGCGCGCGACGUCGUGGUGAAGGCCCUUGUCGAGAUAAACGAGUACAACCCGAGCGGCCGGUACCCCGUGCGUGAGCUGUGGAACCUGAAGGAGAACCGGAGAGCGCCGCUGGAAGAGGCGGUGGCCUACCUGCUCAACCACUGGAAGAAGAACAAGAACAAGAAGGCCUUCUACUAACUAACCAUGGCUGUUAAUGAGUUCAGUACCUUCGUGACCUAAACUCCCUCCUGCAGAAGAAUUAUCCAAUGUUUCUUUUUCAUGAGGAGUAACUAGUAAGUCUUGCGUAUGAAUUAUUAAUACUCACUGUUUUGAAGAGUUCAUGAUUGGGACAUUUGAGAAAAAGGAGUAUUUAACCAAAAACUACCACAUUUCACGGACAUGUGACAGAAAACUACCACUUUACGUUUUUGUGCGGAAAACUAUCAAAUUUGUCCUAAACCGUGGCAAAAAACUACCAACUCGCGUAAGCGCUCGCUUCGCCCGCG